AUGGGUACAAGCAGUGGCCUCUGGAACACUGCCACGACCUGGAGCACCCGGUAUAAGCCCUGUGCCACCACUCUCACGUCCACUGCCACCAAGGUCUUGACACCAGCUCCAAUUACAUCCACGGUUACCGUCACCAGCACUACGAUCCCGGAGGGACCCACCUCAUUCUCUACCGUAACUCAGACCACGACGGUCACCAACACCAUCGACACAACCACGACAACAGAUACUACAACUACGACCACUACUACCACUACGUUUUCAACCGAGACGUUGACGGUAGCUGCGCCUGCGACCUUCACUCCUGUUCAGACUUCCCUUCCAGGCUCCACCUACUCUGGAUCAGGCGGUUCUGACCCCGUUGGUGCCGUUGGCAAGAGAGAAGCCAAGGCCGGACGCGGCAAGGCUAGCAGUAAUCCAUUGUCACAGCCAGGUCUUAGCGGGUGGCAUUAUCCCAAGGGAGUCCCUUGCCAUCACUGGGUCCCAGAGGCGUGUGCGACAACGAUCAAGACCGUUACGUCUACCAUCACCGCCACAGCAACGACCACUACCGCCAUCUCCACCUCGACUAUCACCAAGACUUCGAUUCCGUCUAGCACCACCACCACCGUAAAGCACGGCAACGACUUCAACGGUCAUCACUGCUACCGAGACCUCAACCAGCACUUCGACAUCAGUGAUGACGACCUUCCUCUCAACUACUACAGUCUACGCAGCCUGUGCGACCAACAAUCUUGCCGGUAA